AUGAUAUUUCGGUUCGGAGUCGACGGCGCCGGUGGGUUCUGAUUUUCUUGUUGGCGUAUAAAUAUGCUGGGAAAAGCUCCAGAAGGCAUCAGUCAGCUUUGAACAUUUACCAGUAUUACAUUACGAAUACGUUUAAACAGUUGAAAAAUGAAGGCUUUUGUUGUUUUUGCUAUGGCUAUUGCCAUCGUGGCCAGUGCUGCCGUUGAGAAGAAGGAAGCUGCUGCGGAAGGUGCGAAGAAGCAGGACAAACGUGGACUGUGGGACUUGGGAUACGGUUAUGAGUCGCACGGUUGGGAUCAUUCGCCGCUGAAGUUGUCCCAUGGAUGGGAAGAGCCUCACAUUACCACCGUCAUCAAGAAGGAACACGUUGCCGUCCCAUACGAGGUCGAGAAGCACGUCCCAUACCCAGUCAAGGUCCCAUACCCAGUGACCGUCGAGAAGCACGUGCCAGUCGUCGUUGAAAAGAAGGUCCCAGUCUACGUCGAGAAGCCAGUUGCUGUCCCAGUCAAGGUCCCAUACAAGGUCAAGGAAUACGUCGAAGUCCCCAAGCCAUACCCAGUCCAUGUUGAGAAGCCAUACCCAGUCUACGUCAAGAAGCCAGUCUACGUCGAGAAGCACGUCCCAGUUGUCGUCAAGUCCCACGGAUGGGAGCCACACCACAGCCACUCCUACUCCGAGGUCCACUCGUGGCACUAAAGACUGGUCUUCGUUGACCCCCUAGAUCACCCCAAAAAAUGAAACGUUAUUAAUCCUAUAUUUAACAGCUCAAGCUAUUCCAGUAUUGUGAUCUUCAUGUUUCAUCGCUUCUAGCGCAUCCAAAUCGUUCGAUUUGGACUGUUUUUUUUGUGUAUUGUUAUAAACCUGCGGGAGAGAAUACUCAUCUUUUCGCCACCGUAGCAGAAAAGCACCUAGCUCUCUUAAACCAAACCAAUCAUUUUUUUCAACUUGUUGUCCAAUGUAAAUAAAUUAUUUUACCUUGCCUACAUGUUGUAAGCAAAAUGUAAUAAAAAAAAGUAAAUAAAAAAAAGCUGAAAACUGAAACCAACAA